GUAACAUAACACGUUAUACAGCACUGUGGGGUGAACGAUUACUCAUCGCAGACGGUGGGAUUGUGCGUACCUUGGACUUUUUUAACUUCCCAAGUGGACAAUGGCCUCAUUGUACAAGUGCAUGUCUGCCCUUGGCAAAACCCUAGUGACAAGACCAGUGGUGAGGUCAUCGGUGUGUUCAAAGCUUCCGUUGGCGGCAAAUUUUCGAUCUUUGUCGUCUGCAGCCAAUUAUGAGAACAUCAUCGUGGAGAAGAGAGGAGAGAAACAGAAUGUCGGUUUGAUUCAGUUGAAUCGUCCCAAGGCUCUGAAUGCGCUGUGUGAUGCUUUGAUGGACGAUGUGUCUAAUGCCUUGCAGAAGUUUGAAGCAGACAAGGAGGUUUCCUGCAUCAUUUUGACUGGAUCACAGAAGGCAUUCGCUGCCGGAGCUGACAUUAAGGAGAUGGCGGGAUAUACGUUCCAGAGUGUGUACAGCGGCAACUUCCUGGCUCAUUGGGAUCAAGUCACAAGGACUAAAAAGCCUGUGAUUGCUGUGGUCAAUGGCUAUGCUCUUGGUGGUGGAUGCGAACUGGCCAUGAUGUGUGAUAUUAUCUACGCAGGAGACAAAGCCAAGUUCGGUCAGCCAGAGAUCUUGCUGGGCACAAUCCCAGGGGCGGGAGGUACUCAGAGGCUGACCAGAGCUGUUGGUAAAUCUGUUGCCAUGGAGAUGGUCCUCUCAGGAGAUCCUAUCACUGGCCAAGAGGCCAAAGAAAUGGGGCUUGUGAGCAAGGUCUUCCCAUCGGAGGAGGUGCUUGACAAGGCCAUCGAGUUGGCCGAGAAAAUUGGUAAAAAUUCGAAACUGACGGUUGCCAUGGGGAAAGAGGCGGUUAACGCGGCGCACGAACUCUCCUUGCAAGAGGGACUCAAAACUGAGAAGAAAAUCUUCUAUGCCACUUUUGCAACCGAAGAUCGUAAGGAGGGGAUGGCAGCAUUUGUGGAAAAGAGAAAAGCUAACUUCACCGACAAUUAAACCAUGUGGGAUUGUGCAGGGUGCUAUAUGAACAGUUUCCAUGGAAACUGUUGGGAGUUGGACGAGGCUUGAGAUUACAAAAGUGAUUUUGCUGAUGAUGAUGAUUAUGAUGAUGAUGUUGUUGACAGGAAAGAUUUGUUCUCAAGAUCUAUUUUGGCAGCCUAAGUUUUGAAUAUGAUACAGUGUAUGAGCCAGAUGAGUCUUGUUUUUAUUUCACAGACAGGCUCCAUUUAUUUUCUAUUGUGCCAAAAUUGUAUUCAGCAAAGUGGGAGAUGUUUAAAAGAUUUGUUAAGAAAAUUGCAUUGUUUUUCUUUUCAUCCCACAAAGUAAGCAUCCUCGCAUCUCGGACCUAAAAAUGUUCAGACCUUGAUGAAAAUGAACAGAAGUUCUCAUGUCAAAUGAUUAAUCUAAUUUGCAGAACACAUGGGCUACAAACUGUCACAUUCUAUGACACACAUUAUUACAUUUUGUUUUACACAGAUUCCAAAAUGUCUGGAAAUAACUGUCAUUUGAGACAUCUUGUUCUUUGCAGUGUUUUGUAUAACAAGGAGUGAUUUGGAAAUCAUGCUUAACUUUAUAUCAAGGAUGAAUAAAUUUAUAUAUGCUAAAACUCGA